AUGUGCAGUGCUGACCUUUUCUUUUGGAGACAGAUAUUUAUACUGAUCCCAGCAUGUCUACACUCGUUUUCUGUGGGAUUCAUGUUGGCUUUCCCGGCUGUCCUAAAUCCGGCGAUCCUAUCUCCGAAUAGCACAGACAUCACGGCUACUUCUGCCCAAGCUUCCUGGAUAGCAUCUUCUAAUGGCAUUUCCGGAGUCGUCGGUUUCUUAAUUUUCUCACCUAUAUUUCAAUGCUUCGGUCGGAAGGUGGUCGGUAUUGGAUUGAAUGUCACAAUGGUCGUCGGCUGGAUCACACUAUCCCUUGCCAACAGUAUCACAGUCUUAAUAUUUGGUAGAUCAAUCCAAGGCUUAUGUAUGGGCGGAAUAUUUAUCUGUGCAAUUACUUUAUCUGAAUAUGCAAAUCCACGCAGAAGAGGAUAUUUCAUGACUCUAAAUAAAAUAACAUUAGGUAUGGGUUCAUUGGCCUGUCAUUCUUUUGCAAUUAUAUGUACAUGGAGACAAAUUGCUGCAUUUUGUACAAUACCAUCAGCAUUAGCUGCAAUAUUUGUACUAUUCUGGCCUGAGAGCCCAGCCUUUUUAGCUAUGAAAGGACGAUUCGACGAAUCCGAAAAAUCCUUCACUUGGAUAAAUGGAAACUCAGUAAAAAGUAAAAGCGAGCUUAAAGAGUUAAUUAAAGCACAGGUGGAACGACAGGAACUGAUGAAGAAAUCUGAAAAGAUUUCUAUUGUAAAGAGUUUUAUAAAAACAUUAAAAAAUGAAGAGAUGCAGAAAGCUUGCUUUAUAGUUGCACUUGUCACUUUAUGUAUCGAUGCUUGUGGCAGAUACUUUCUAAUAGCUUAUAUAACGCAAAUAUUAGUAGAAAUUACUGGCAGCAAAUCAAUAGCAAUGUACUGUUCCAUAGUGUCCGAUCUCUUGUUAGUUUUCGCUUUAAGUAUAUCAUGUUUUGUAAUACGUAUAUUUAAAAGACGUACACUAUUAUUUAGUUUAGGUUUACUAACAAUUGCAAUAAUGUUCUUUAUAAGUUUAAUGGUAGUUUUGAAAUCCAAAUAUGAUAUUAUGUCUCAAGUGUCAUGGCUAAUCCCGUUCUUAAUAUUAUUACAUACAUUCGUAGCUCAUAUUGGUUUAGUACCAGUAGGGUUUUCAAUAACAGCAGAAGUUUUUCCUUUGGAAUAUAGAGGGAUAUGUUCUUGUAUAUCAGGAAUAGCAUAUACAAUUUUCUAUGCCCUCACAUUAAAGUUAACACCUAUGAUGAUAGAAUUUAUCGAUGUUUCAGGUACUUAUGCUGUGUACGCUUUGAUAGUAAUAUUUUGUUUAGCAAUUUUAUACUUUAUUUUGCCAGAAACUAAGGAUAGGACAUUGCAAGAAAUAGAGGAUGAAAUAAAGGGCACUGAACGAUCUGAUGCAGAUAAAAUUUUGUUACCUAAAAGAGCCAUCGUAGUGGAUAGUUGA